AUGCCCUUUCCGCCGCGCGCCGCCGCCGUCUUCCUCCUCCUCCUAGCUUCCCUCCGCCUAUCGCCGGCGGAGGAGAGGAUCACCUUCAUAGUCCUGGUCGACCCCUCCUCGAAGCCCUCCCUCUUCCCAGCUCACCUCAGCUGGUACUCCUCCAUUCUCUCUUCUUCUUCUUCUUCUUCCUCUCCUCCUUCGCUCCAUAUCCACGUCUACAGUACCAUCCUGCAUGGGUUUUCCGCGAGGCUCACGCCGGCGGAGGCCCGCGGGGUGCGGGCCUCUGCCGGCGUCCUGGCGGUGCGGCCCGACGCUUUACUUCGCCCACUCACUACGCGGUCUCCGACAUUCCUCGGCCUCGACUCCCCUUGGUCGUCCAUCUCCCAGCUCUCCGACCUCGCCUCCGACUCUGUCGUCGGCGUAAUCGACACCGGAAUCUGGCCGGAGAGUCCCAGCUUCGCCGACUCCGGCGACCUCGGCCCCGCGCCGCACCGGUGGAAGGGGGAGUGCGAAGACGGCCCCGGGUUCAACCGCUCCUCCUGCAGCGGCAAGCUCGUUGGCGCUCGGUCCUUCUACGCCGGCUACCUCGCGGCAUCCCUCCCGGCGCUCUCCUCCGGUGACUUCCUGUCCGCGAGAGACGCCGACGGGCACGGCACGCACGUCGCGUCCAUUGCCGCCGGCGGGCCGGUGGGCGGCGCCGGAUUCCAGGGAUUCGCCCGCGGGGUCGCUAGGGGGAUGGCCCCCAAGGCGAGGAUCGCCGUCUACAAGGUCUGCUGGCCCGCCGGCUGCCUCGUUUCUGACAUCGUGGCGGCGAUCGACAGGGCCGUGGCCGACGGCGUCGACAUUCUCUCCAUGUCGUUGGGGUCGUCCUCGCCAGUGCCGGCGUACCACCUCGACGCCCUCUCCGUCGCCACCUUCCGCGCCACCAUGGCCGGCGUCCUCGUCGUCUCCUCCGCCGGCAACGGCGGCCCGCGGCCGAGGAGCAUAUCCAACGCCCCACCGUGGGUCCUCACCGUCGGCGCCGGCACCAUGGAUCGUAGUUUCCCGGCUGUCGUCGUCCUCGGCGAGGGCGAGAGGAGAGUUGAAGGGACGUCGAUAACUUUCCCGUACCCCCGCCGGCGGCGGAGUCAGCGCCUCCGCCUCUUCUCCGCCGCAACGGCCACCCCGCGGGAGGUGGAAGGGAGCGCCGUAUUCUUUCGCGCCGCCGCCCGAAACACUUCCAGGCUCGGGACCGGCGCCGCCUUCCGCCGCGCCGGCGCGGCAGCGAUGGUGAUCGCCCACGGAGACGUAGACCCCGCGGGGAUGAUCGCAGAGCCCCACGUGAUCCCCACCGUCGCCGUCGGUGAGUCUCAGGCGAGGUCCAUCGAGAGGUACAUCGCGAGCAGCAGGGAUCCGACGGCGGUGAUCUUCUCAGAAGGGACGGAUCUGGGCCGUCCAGCGCCCGCAGUGGCGUCGUUCUCUUCCCGCGGGCCCAACGCGGCGGUCGCGCGGGUCCUGAAGCCCGAUCUCCUCGCCCCCGGGGUCAACGUGCUGGCCGCGUGGACCGGCUCGACCGGCCCGUCCUGUCUCCGGUCCGACCCCCGCCGGACCGGGUUCAACGUAAUGUCGGGUACCUCCAUGGCUUGCCCCCACGUGUCCGGGGUGGCGGCGCUGGUGAAGGCGGCGCACCCCAGCUGGGCUCCCGGGGAGAUGAAGUCCGCGCUGAUGACGACGGCUUCGGCGGCGGCGGCGAUCCAAGACGAGUCUACCCGGCGCGCGGCGGGGCCCUUCGACAUGGGCGCCGGGCACGUGCGGCCGGAGGCGGCGUUGGACCCGGGGUUGGUCUACCCCGCCGAGCUGGAGGACUACGUUGACUUGUUCGUCUGCGAGUUGAACUACACGGAGGAGGAGGUGAGGGUGAUGACCGGGGGGAGGAGGACGGCCCCGGUCAGCGCUUCCAUUGAGAGGUGUCGGCGGAGGAAGGCCGACGGGGGAGCGAACUACCCGGGCUUCGUGGUGGAGGAAGAGGCGGCGGCGGCGGCCAUGAACGGGGAGGUGGCCUUCUACAGGCGACUGAGGAGGGUCGACGGCGGGGCGGCGGCGGUUUACUUUGCGGAGGUGGCAGCGCCGGAGGGCUACACGGCCGCCGUCGAGCCAGUGAAGCUGAGAUUCGACGGGAGGGUCGGAGAGACGGCGGAGUUCAAGUUGACCGUCAGAUUUGUCGGAAAAACAGCGGUGGCGGAGGCUAGAAGGCGAGGGUCGGUGAGCGGCCAUUUAACUUGGAAGGAGGACGGCGGCAAUCGCACCGUGAGGACGCCCAUCGCCGCCUUCUCCGCCCGGCUGCUCCUCCCGGCCCGCUUUUAG